GUUGAGUGCGUGUUUAAAAGUUAAGCAAAGAAAAAAAAAUUAAAUAAAAAAAAAUCCCUGUCUACCUUUUAAUUAAAAAAAUAAAGACUCGAUUAUUUAAAAUAAAAAUUAAAAAGUGAAAUUAAAUAUUACGUGUUAAAUAUAAAUAAAAAAAAAAAUAAAUUAAAAUGGCUUCAAGUUCAAAUAAUCUAAAUAAUUCAGUGGUAUCGUCGAACGAUAAUGCCCAGGAGAAGGAUACACAAAGUCUCCUGCCGCAUUUGGAAUCACUUGAACGUAUGAUGAACUUGCCCGUGGUUGGUGCUGCAUGGCAACAAAGUCAAGACGUUUAUGGAAAAGUUAAAGGAAACAAUCGUCUCUUUAACUGGGCUUUAAGCACUGCCGAAGAUUGUGUUACACGUGCCGUUACCAUUACUUCACCAAUUGUCUCGAAAUUCGAUCGUCCAAUUCAAUAUGUUGACCAAACUUUGGUCAAAGGUAUUGAUAAAUUGGAAGUUAAAGCACCAAUUAUCAAAGAUACACCAACAGAGAUUUACAAUCAAGCUAAAACUAAAGUAAUUGAUGCCGUACAUCCACAUAUUGAAAAGGUGGUUAAAUUGAAGUCAGCUGGUCAACAAAAGGCAUCAUCAUUGAAGGACUUGGCAUGGCAAAAAGCUAAUGAAGUUUUGGCAACACAAUAUGGAUCAUUGGCUGUGAAUGGUGUUGAUAGUACAACAGCUUUAGCUGAAAGAUUGUUGGAAUAUUAUUUCCCAAACAAAGGCAAUGAUGUUGAAGAAGAAAAUGAUAAGAAACAAGUUGCAAUUAUGAAUGCUCGCAAUCUUAAAGCCAAUGAUAUGCAACUUCUUCUCGGAGCUUCAGCACUCUUCAUUUCACUUUCUGUCCGAAUUAUAAAUGAGUUAGUCGAAUUUGUUGCCCAAAAUCCACGAAUUAUGCAUGAAAUUGAGAGGGAAAUUGAAAAUAUGUGCCAAUAUCCGCCAAUGAGGACCCGGUAUUACACACAGUCCAGACAGUCGGCCGCCUAUCCAACAAGAUUUCCCGCCGCGUCUAUAGCACAGUCUCCACGCAAAUCAAGCAUUUGAAAAAAGAGAACGUCAAUGACUACCUUGCGUCCUUGAUUGCUGCCUUGAGAUUAACUCAAUAUAUUAAUUUCAUAAAUUCCUCAAUGGCCAACCAUAUUGAAAGUAGUCCGCAAUCGGCGGCGCCCGUUGCAGUGGAAAACUAAGAAAAA